UAGAUAGCAUCAUUAGCUAUUCGCAUCGUUUGUUCAGUAUCGACGCUACGCUGUCAGCGUUAGCUUGUCUGUGGCUAACUUCAGUUCUUGCUAGCGUGGACAAAGGGGACCAUAACACCGAAGGCACAAAGUCGAUUUUUCUAUUUUGUACAUACAGAGUUUUGUAUAUACUGUAUAUGAUGAGCUCGCUGGCCAGCGACAAGGCCCGGGGCCCUCGGGAAAAAGCGCUGCCAGCUGCCACUCACACAUCACAACCACAGAAACAAAUACAGGCUACUGCUGAGCAGAUCCGGCUUGCUCAGAUGAUCUAUGACAAGAAUGAUGCUGACUUUGAGGACAAAGUUAACCAGCUGAUGGAAGUGACAGGGAAGAACCAAGAUGAGUGCAUGGUAGCGCUCCAUGACUGCAAUGAGGAUGUUAGCAGAGCCAUCAAUUUCCUCCUGGAGAGCAACACAGAUAUGACCUCAUGGGAAACAGUGGGAAAGAAGAAGCCCUUGGUGAAGGAAGGCCCAUCAGAAAGCAAAGAGAACAAGGAGAACAGGGAGAAGAAGGGCGAAAGGGAGGCUAGCAAGGGCCGUGCCACUGGCAACCGCAAAGGCAAGGGGGCGAGUCGGAGCCGACAGGCACGCCCAGAGGAGAACGGUGUUGAGGUGACACCAGUGGACAGAGGAUCGGAUCGAGGUCGGAGGGUCAAAGGUGGAAGAGGAUCUGGAGUCCGAGGUCGAGCCAGAGCACCGACAGGGAGCAGGUUCUCAGCCCAGGGGAUGGGGACUUUCAAUCCUGCUGAUUAUACCUCAGAGGCUGGCACAGGGACCACACAAACAGAAGUUUGGGAUACGGUGACCAACAACAGUACAGACGGGACAGUUGCCUGGAGGAAUACUUUGGAAGACUGGGCAGCUGAGGACUGGAGUGAGGAUGUUAGUCUCUCAGAGACCAAAGUGUUCACCUCCUCAUGCACGCCUGCUGCUGAGAACCACAUCACCCCUGGGCAAAGUCUGGACCUUGCUUCUCUGCUGCAGAAGCCUGUGGUUGGUGCAAGAGAACCACCUUCUUCUUCUUCUUCCACUCAGAGUCUGGUCUUCACCAACUCCCAUCAUCACCAGCAGCAACCCCACAGCCGCAGUGCCACUAGUAGCACAAGCUACGCACAUGCUGCUCUGUCAUCUGUUCUGGGAGCUGGUUUUGGGGACUUGGGCCAGGCUAAAAGGACUCAGGCCAGCGCUGGAGCUCAGAUACUGGAACAGCUGAAGGGUCCUGGCUUGGGUCAACUUUCCUCAUCCCAGGCAACCCCUCCUGUCAGUUCCCAAGGAAGUAAUGCCUCCAUUGGUCGACUGCCAGGCCUGGGAGCACCUGUACUUCCACCCUCCUCCUCUAGCUGGGACAUGAAGACUUCAGAAUCCAACACCACCUCACUGUCCUCACAGUACAACCGUGAGUUUGGUCUGCAGCCGGAGCCUUCUCUUGUGCUGAGUCAGCUGGUUCAGAGGCACACGGGCCCCUCCUUGCCUUUGGCGCGUCAGUCAAGUCCACAAUCACAACAGCAAGCACCAUCUGCUUCAGCCUCACCUGCUCCCCAACACACCAGCACGCCAGCACAGGCAGGCCCGGUGAUAGCUGCUGCUGGUGCUAAACCUCCUGCCCCGAACGCAGGGCUGGACCCUCAGGGCAACAGCACGACACAACAGCAACGGGCGCAGCUCAAAGGCCAGAAACGAAGGAUACCUCCCACAUCAAAGAUCCCAUCCACAGCGGUAGAGAUGCCGGGCUCGGCUGAUGUUCCUGGUCUAAACCUUCAGUUUGGAGCGCUAGAUUUUGGCUCGGAGUCGGCAUUGCCAGAGUUUGGAGUUGUGGAUAAUUGCAUGAGUGCUGCAUCCAGGGAGUCCACGUCAGCCCCUGCCCCAGCACCACCUGCAACAGGACCAGGGGCACAGAGCCAGACGAGCCUGUACUCUAAACCGCUCAGUGAGUCAUUGGGCAGCCCUCUCUCGGUUGCCCUGUCUUUGCCCCUGUCCUCAUCAGAGCCAGUAUAUCACUCCUCCACAGUGGCUUUGCCCAGUCUCACUUCCUCAUCGUUAGGGACUGCAAGCUCAAGCAACACUCCUUCCUCCUCUUCAACAACCUCAACCACCUCCACCUCUGUACCUUCCUCAUCUCCCUUCUCCACGGUGGGGGGAAGCUAUGAUGGGACCAUGCCUCCUCACACAAGACUGGCCUUUUCCCAGAACAAAGAGGCCACGGGGCCAGUGAUGAACGGUUUGAAUGGUGUGAGGACCUCUGCUGCUCUGGACACUUCAUCAGCUUCCUCUACGCCAAAACCAGAGUCACCGUCUAUGAACAUCAGCACCAAUGGUGCCUCAGCUCCUUCAUCCCAUUUACCCUCUACCCUGCCUGCACACAGCUCCACCACGCUCUCCAACCUGGCACCUGACCUGCCCUCAGCCAGCCAACUCAGCUCACUCAACAGCCAUGUCAGCAGUCAUUCCUCAGUUUCAGCUCUGGGCUCCAGCUCUCACACUUACACCAGUGUUGACAGCAGCAACGUGAGCUCUCUGGCUCCCUCAUCUGGCUCUUAUACAUCAUCCCAGCCCACAGCCUCAGCCCUCCACUCAGCCCACAACAGCAGCAACAGUAGCAGCAGCAUCAGCCACCUGUCCAGCAUGCCCAGCAUGGGCAGCAACAUGGGCAGUACAGUUGGCGGUAUUGCUGGUACGAGCGGACUUCACUUAGCUGCUACCGCCACCAGCAGUACAGCUCUGGGACUUGGCUCCAAUGGAGCUACUGCCACAUCCAAUCUCUCUGCACCAAGGACUACACCCCUGCUCUCCUCCUCCACUGGUAAAGCUCCUCCUAACCUGUCCCAGGGUGUGCCUCCUCUACUGCCCAACCAGUAUAUUAUGGGCCCAGGGGGUUUGCUGCCUGCUUACCCACAGAUCUAUGGCUAUGAGGACCUGCAUAUGCUCCAGUCAAGACUGCCAAUGCCCUCUUUGCAAGAUUACUAUGGAAUAACAUUUCCCGGCCCCGCAGCAACUCUUUCCGGCAGAGACGGGAGCCUUGCCAACAAUCCUUACUCAGGUGAAGUCACAAAGUUUGGCAGGAAUGACUCCACCUCCCCAGCCCCCCCCACAAGCCUGGCGGCCCCCCAGCCUCCCCAGGCUCAGAGCCAAGGACAGAACCAGGCCCAGCCUCAGCCUCCUCAGGCCCAGCCUCAGCCCCAGGGCCAGCCACAGCACCACAGCAGUCAGCAGGCCUUCCUGCCGCCAGGCUACAGCUACACAGGCCUGCCUUACUACCCCGGAGUGCCCGGUGCUGUACCAAGUGCUGCUACCUUCCAGUAUGGCCCCACUAUGUUUGUUCCUCCUGGAGGGCCAGGACCAGCUUCAGCAAAGCAGCACAGCAUGGGCCUGAGCCUGGGAAACCCUUCAGCUAGCCCCUUCCAGCAGCAGACACAGCAGCAGCCUAGUGGCUAUGGGCAGCACACCUUCAGCUCAGGGUACGAAGAGCUGACAGCAGGGCCAGCAGGAGUGGAAUACGGUAAAGGGUACAACUCCUCCUCACAGGCACAAGCCAAAUCUGCUGCUACUGGACCCGGGAAAGGGGUCUCGGUGACAUCCAGUAACUCCGGUGUGCCAGACAUCAGUGGAAGUGUUUACAAUAAGACCCAGUCUUUUGAUAAGCAGGGUUUCCAUGCAGGAACCCCUCCUCCCUUCAGUCUGCCAUCAGCGCUGGGGGGUCCAGGGCCUCUGAACCCUGGAGCAGCUCCUGGAGGCUAUGCACCUGCCCCGUUCCUCCAUAUCUUGCCUCACCAGCAACCACAUUCACAGCUGCUGCACCACCAUCUCGCUCAGGAUGGACAGGGUGGUCCUAGUCAGCGUGGCCAGUCUAGUAGCCUGCAGCAGAAGAGCCAAGUCAACAAGUCGAGCUACGGCAGCUCCCCUUACUGGGCCAACUAAGAUAGCUACAUCUAUGAUGUGUGUGCGUGGACAGACACCAACACACAGCACCACACCAGUAUAUCUGACUGACAAGAUCAUAGAAGGACAAACAAUUUACAACACAAGCUAAAACAAACACACACACACACACACACACACACUACCACCCCCCUCCCCUUUGCUCUGUAUAUCCCCUUUUCAAAUUUAUGGCUGUUGUAUGUAAAAUAUAUUUAUGUAUGUAUUUAUACAGUAUAUGUAUUGGUAGGACAUAAAAUGUGGUUUUCUGCAUUUUCAUUUUAUUUUGAAGGACAUUUUAUUUCAAAAAAUGGAAAGAUGAGAAUGCUAAAUCAUGGAGCUGAAGAUGGUGAAUAUACUUGAACACAAGCAUCUUGUGAUGUGGAUUUUUUUUGUAUACAUACAUGAACUGAGAAUGAUGUACACAGAUUAUACCCAUCAUUUUCACAGCAAAAGCCUGUUUUUUUUUUUUUUUUUUGUUUUUUUUUUUUAGUAUUUUUUUUUUUUUUUUUUUGUAACUUUGGUCUCCCACAUCUGUGAAUCCUUAUAUUGAGGGUGACUUGAGUUGAUAGCUAGACUUCUUUUAUCCCGAUUUCCUUCCAUUUGUCUCUCAUUCCCUGACUUACUAGUUGGUUGGCUUGACCAACCAGGCCUUGGAUUUGAUGUCAUUUUAACAUUGGUUUAAUCCUUGUUGUCCAAAUUAAAAGUUAUGAACAGUU